ACACCAUGAUUAAAGCCAUACUCAUAUUUAAUAACCACGGCAAGCCUCGGCUGUCGAAAUUCUACGAGCAUUAUCUGUCGAAGAAGCUGCGUCUCCCGUGUGCUCGCGCGACGACGGUCACGAGCUCAGCAAAGGCAAAGUGCGGGCAGUGGCCGUGGACAGGGAGGGGACAGUGGGACAGUGUUCUUACUGUGUGACAUUCGAUCUAUGCGAACCGGUGAUCCUCCUGUCACCGAUUCCCACCACCGCGGUACAGUUUCGGGGUCAGAUAUCCGCUCAGUUAUGCACAUUGUUGUCCCAGUCAGUGUCCCCGAGCCGAGUCACGAGUUGGAGGAAUCGAGUGUCUACGUUGAGAUCAUUGAUGGCGUCUUAACUUGACAUGACAGGAGUUUUCUCCUAGUGCCACGUGUCCACCUCCAUUCACCUGUUAGGACAGCAGAUGGCAUGGCAUGUCAUGGACUCUUUAACAGAUGGUUGCUGGUUCAAGACCCACUUCCUGCAGAAACUACAGAUGUUGGAUUGAAAGACUGAACCACAUAACUGAAUCAAAAACUCUUAAAUUUGCUUUGGAAAAAACGACCGAAGACAUGGAACAGCAGAUAAUUCGUGAAACGUUUCACCUGGUUUCAAAGCGAGAUGAGAAUGUCUGUAAUUUCCUGGAGGGUGGAUUGUUGAUUGGUGGGUCAGACAAUAAGCUCAUUUACAGACACUACGCCACUCUGUACUUUGUAUUCUGUGUCGACUCAUCAGAGAGUGAAUUGGGCAUUCUGGAUUUAAUCCAGGUGUUUGUGGAAACGUUGGACAAAUGCUUUGAGAACGUCUGUGAACUUGAUUUAAUUUUCCAUGUGGACAAGGUCCAUAACAUUCUGGCUGAAAUGGUGAUGGGAGGGAUGGUUCUGGAGACCAACAUGAACGAGAUCAUCACACAGGUUGAUGCACAGAACAAGAUGGAGAAGUCAGAGGAAGCCACACUGGGAAUGCGUGUGAGUUUUGUAACAGUCUAUUCUAUUGCAAGGUAAUAAGAAACCAAAUUCUAUAAUACAGUAAUGUAACACAAAAUUACGUACCGCAUUCUCCCAUUCAUAAAUCUGGGCUCUUGGAAGACUUCCUGGUUGUUAUUUUUAGCACUCAUAAUGCUUCUAUUAAAAUCUACUACAAGUACAUACCACCAUGUAACACUAGAUAGGGGUUUGUGCUUUCUUUUCCUAGCCUUCCCCCUCCUUACAUAUAGCCGUUUGGUUUACUUAGAGGCUUUUUGUCAGCAUGUGUGAUUUAAUUUACCACUUACAAAAUAACUUAAGGAACUGAUCAGCAGUUGUUGCAAAUUAGUGUUUAAGUAUUGUUUUAUAGCUUGCAUAUCUUCCUGUCACCUUCCCACCAUGUCAAAACCCCUUGUUCAUUUCUCUUCAGCUCUCUCCUAGCAUUUUGCUCUUUAAGUCUUUGUGGGUUUGGUUGGUUCUGCUUAUUUUAAGUAAGGCUGCCUUUGCUCGUCUAAUUGAAUAUGUGCAUUGCUCUUGAAUUUUUUCCCCACCAUUUACCGCCUUCCUGAGUUUGUAGCUGCUUUUUGAAUUUAAAAAAAAAAAAAAAACCCUGAAUUGAGGAUAAUGGAGGACUGCAUGCAUGUAUGGCUAUUAAGGUAUGGGUACCUGAAUGUAUGUCUAUGUGCGAGUUCUUCUUGGUUUGCACAUGAUAUGUUGGUCCUUGUAUCUGUACAGUAUGCCUAGUGAUGGUAUGUCUUGUUUGAUUGCUGUGGUUGGGUUGGACAAGGCCAGGUAACUCUAACACUGUAUUUGUGUGUGUGUAUGUAUGUGUAUGUGUGUGUGGGUGCGUGCCUGUGUCCCCCAUGCGCAGGCUGGUAUUGCAGGGGCGCCAGCUCGAGCCGUGUCAGCUGUAAAGAACAUGAACCUCCCCGAAAUUCCCCGAAACAU